AGGACCGUCUCAGGACAGCCGUUACUCUUAUCACCCUCUGUGUCCCACAUUACGUAACAAUGUCUCUCGUAGUGGACGCGCUGAUCCACUUCUGCAAUGUCUCCACCAUAGGCCUGUGCGGUUUCAUGAAGGUGCCGCAGAUAAAUGCCAUCAUAAAAGCCAAAUCUGUGAAAGGGUUGAGUUUAGCCAGCUUGAUUUUAGAGCUUACAAGCUACGUCAUCACGCUCAGCUACAAUGUGUAUGCUGGCUAUGCCCUGAUCACAUACUUUGAGUACCCACUGAUGGUGACGCAAGACAUCGUCAUGCUUGCCAUCUUCCUGUCGUUGACUGGCCGACUGUCUCCACUGGUGAUUCUCCCGGCGGCUGCGGGGGCCUACUUUUCGUACUCCAUUGCUACGGGCUUGCUCUCCGAGGCCUUUAUCACGACCCUUGUGGGACUGUGCACACCCAUCUCCGCCAGCAGCAAAGUGGUGGCUCUGCUGGCGAUCAUAAGCAGCAAGAAUUCGGAAACGGUCUCAGUCUCUGCGUGGUCCAUCUCCGCCUACACGUGUCUUACCCGAAUUUUCACCAUCUACGUCGAGUCGGCCGAUCCUGUCCUCCUCCUGAACUUCAUAACCUCACUGGUUCUGAACUUGCUGAUCAUCACGGCUGCGAUCUAUUACAAGCCACGUGCAAAGAAGGAUUAAAAGAGCUAAAACAAAUACACAACAUUGAUAGCACACGUGAGAUUUUUUUGUGGUGGUUAAGAAACUUUUUGGGAUUUAUUUCAUUUAUUUAUUUAUUUUGUCAUGAGAAGGUGCGUUCAAAUUGUUACCUAAAUUCUAUAAAGUUGGUUUUCAAUUAAGGGGACUGGAGAGUGUAAGUUGGGUAAAUGUAUUGAUAUACUGUUCAAUUGUGCCUGUAUUGUAUAACUAGACGGUCACAUUGUCUCUUAACAGGAGGCCUAUAUGUCUUUGUAUCUCAGGACCUGUUCAUCAGUUUGGCUAUUAUAUAUAUUUUUUUUAUAUAAUUGUUAUUAUUUAUGCUUAUUAUUAUUAUCAUAAGCAUAAUUUUUUUGGGCCAAUCUGUAAUGAGAAGAAGUUCUCUUCUGGAGUGACAGAGGUGUCUCUUUAGCAGCUGCAAACACACACUUUUGAGCUAAAGUUUGUGUGAUAGAUAUGUUAUACGGAGUAAAUGCAUGUCCAAUUCAAAGAGGUAUAUGGAUGUGUAGGUGCACUUAUUUAAAAGGAGAGUGUGAAUGAGGUUUUUAGUGCAAGGUAUAUUCACUUUUAAAUUGAUAUUAAUGUUGCACCAUUGUUGAUAAGGAUGGAAUUCCUUCUCCCUUUCUGUUCAUUGCAUUAAAUGCUCAGGUACAAAGUCAUAUAGUUAGUAACUUAUGAAAAUGCAUUAUUGCAUUUAUUCCUUCAUUAAUAGAUUUUAAAAUCAAAAUAGUUUAUUGUUAUUUCUCUCAAAAGAACAGUUAGACUACCUUUGUUGUGUAUGAGGUAUGAAUCAGUUUUAUAUAGUUUUCUGAUUAUGUUGAUUAAUUAUGUCUAGGACUUGCAUCAAAAGCAAACUAGUCAAAAUCCAUGACUAGUCAUCAUGUGUGCUCAUGAAAAUGUGGGACUUUUUUUUUUAGUAUAUUUUUAAUGCAUUAUUUAGAUUGCAUUAAGAAACUGCAAGGCAGGCAGGUUAGGAAAGUUCAUGGAAGUGCAAGAACUUGAGAAUAAUUUCUGUUGGUUAAUGACCAAUGCAACUUUUAUGACAAUACAUUUACGUUUUUCUCUGUUUAGUUGGACCAGACACUUACGUCAGAAUGUGCAUUUUUACAAGUACAAGUAUGUAAUGGAAGUACAUAUCAGAGACAAUAUUUUAUCUUAUUUUGUAAUUUGUUGUUAAAUGUACACAGUGCACCCCUCCCCCUUCUCUCUCCCUCACCCCACUUCUCUUCUGCCCGCUCUCCCUCUCCCUUUCCCCCUCUCCUCUCUCCCCUCUUCCUGCUCUCCCUCUC